AUGAGCGGAUGCUCAAGUCUGGUGGAGCUUCCCUCUUCUUUUGGAAAUAUGAUACAUCUUUUGGAUUUAUUUCUCAACGGAUGCUCAAGUCUUGUGAAGCUCCCUUUUUCUAUUGGAAAUAUGAUCGAUCUCCGAAGGUUGUCUCUCAACGGGUGCUCAAGUCUUGUGGAGCUCCCUUCUUCUAUUGGGAAUAUGAUUGAUCUUAGGGAGUUAUCUCUCAAAGGAUGCUCAAGUCUUGUGGAUCUCCCCUCUUCUAUUGGAAAUAUGAUUUAUCUCAAGAAAUUGUAUCUCAAUGAUUGCUCAAGUCUAUUGGAGCUCCCUUCUUCUAUUGGGAGUAUGACUUAUCUCGAGGAGUUGUUUCUCGACGGAUGCUCAAGUCUUGUGGCGCUCCCUUCUUCUAUUGGGAAUAUGACUAAUAUCAAGAGAUUAUAUCUCAUCGGAUGCUCAAAUUUUGUGGAGUUCCCUGAUUCUAUCGGAAAUCUUCAGAAUUUGCAAAUGUUGUUUUUGCGAAGUUGCUCAAAGCUGAAGACCCUUCCAAUCAACAUCAACAUGAAAGCUCUUGAUGAAGUUGAUCUCACUGACUGCUCGUCGUUGGAAAGCUUUCCUGAGAUUUCCACAAACAUUAGCGUCCUAAAGCUCAAUGGAACUGCUGUAGCAGAAAUUCCUCAUUCAAUCAGGUCAUUGUCUCGCCUUGAUAGUUUACGUAUGUCAUACUGUGAAAACCUCAGGAAAUCGCAGCAUGCUUUUGACUGCAUCACCGAGCUGCACUUUAGCGACACGACAAUACAAGAAAUUUCUCCAUGGGUUAAGGAAAUGUCUCGUCUACAUACACUUGUGAUCAGGGGAUGCACAAAGCUGGUUUCGCUCCCAGAGCUUCCAGAGUCAUUAGCAAUCCUAGAUGCAGAAAACUGUGAGUCUCUCGAGAGACUAGAUCGUUCUUUUAACAAGACAAUGUUUACGGAAAUCAACUUUCUUAACUGCUUCAAACUGAAUCAAGAAGCAAGAGACCUUAUCAUCAAGACAUCGACAAGAGCAUUUACAGCUUUUCCCGGAGAAAAAGUGCCUACAUAUUUCACUUACCGAGCCAUUGGGAGAUCCCUGAUAAUGAAUUCGAACGGAUUUGAAACACAUUUUUCUACAGAUUCGAGAUUGAAAGUUUGGGUCUUGCUGGUUAAGAAGGUUGACGUCGAGGUUGGUGAUAGGAACACGACGAGUAUAUCUUAUCACAUCAACGACAAAAGGGAUCGACUUUGGAAACAAUUCUCUUUAUCUUCAAAGGGGCAUCUGCUCGUAUUCGAACUUGAAAAAGCUGUGAGUUCCAACGAAUUAGUCUUUGAUUUCUACCUCGGCAAUGGAGGAUGGGAGAUUAAAGAAUGCGGGGUACGUCCUCUAGAAACCCUAGCUCCCUCAUGUUAA